AUGAAGUCAAUGAAAGUCAAAUGUCGAGUUCACGAUGAAUGGCUGACAAGAAAAGAUAAACUCGGGUAUGUUAUUUCUUCUUGGGCAACAAAAAGAAAUGAGUCUAGUGUUUUCUGUGCCGUUUGUCUAUCAACAUUUUCCUGUGAAAUGAAAGGCUUUCAAGCAAUAACCCAACAUGUUUCUACUAAGUUUCAUCAAAAUAAUGCUGAGUGUAAGCUUGAUUCUACACAACUUCGGUUGAUUAGGACUCAUGACUCAGCGCCUGUUUCUUCAUAUUCAUAUACUGAACAGCCGAUUCAAAGUUCAUCGACGAGUGCUUUGCCGAUUUCUAGUAAUGUUGGUCUUCGAUGUAUUAAAGAUGAAGCAAUAAGGGCUGAGCUUUUAUGGACAAUGAAAUGUGUCUGGUCUAAUUAUUCUGCUUCAUCAUGUGACGGAAUUGUUAAUAUAUUUAAAGUGAUGUUUCCUAAAGGUAUUCCAGAUGAGUUUUCUCUUGGCAAAAGUAAAUUUGGGUAUUAUGUAACUGAAGCUCUAGGCCCAUACUUCAGAAAACAGUUGCUGGCAGAUGCAAGCAAUGCUUAUUAUUCGUUACAUUUCGAUGAGACAACCAACUCUGCUGAUUUUAAAGAGUUGCAGGUUUCUAUACAAUAUUGGUCAGAACAUGAAGAAAAAAUUGUAUUCAAACAUCUUGAAACUUUUUUUAUUGGGAAAGCUACAGGUGAUAUUUUAGCAGAUAACCUUUUAAACGCUUUGAAAAAUGCAGAUUUGCCCCUUACAAAAUUACUAAUGUUGGCAAGGGAUGGUCCUAAUGUCAACAAAAAAGUCCAGUCUAUAAUAAAUGAAGUUGUAAAAAAGAAACGAGGUACAUCUUUGCUUGAUAUUGGGUCAUGUAAUAUACACAUUGUACACAAUGCUUUCCGCAAGGGGUUAGAAACAUUUGGAGCUGAUGUUGGUGAUAUGGUAAUAACUGUGAAUGCAUUUUUUGAUGGAUGGCCAAGUCGUCAAGAAGCUUUCUUGGAUGCACAGAUAAAAGUCAACGUACCACAGCAUUGUUUUGUAAAACACAUUACUUCUAGAUGGCUUACCCUGUCUACUGCUGCAAAAAGACUUCAAGAGCAAUGGCCGGCAUUGGAGCAGUUUUUUCUUCGAGAUAUUCCUAAAAGUGCAACUCCGAACAUGAAAAAAAUUGUACAAACAGCCCAAUUCAAAAAUAUUUCAAACUAUUUAAAAAACUCGUUUAUGAGAGCAGAAGUAGCAUUUGUUAUUGAAAGUGCAGCUAUUUUCGAACGUUUUUUACUCAUCUUCCAAAAAGAAGAACCUCUGAUUCAUAUUCUAUUUGAAGAAGUAAUGGAGUUAACAGCAACUGUGUUGGGAAGAGUGUGCAAGCCUGAUGUACUGUUAGAUUUAAACAGCGUAAACUCUCAUUUCAUUUCAAGUAAUUUACUUCCUACGAAUCGUAUUAAAUGCGGUGACAAUACCGAAAAAAUUAUAUUAAAAAUGAAAGAUUUAGACCAACUUCACUUUAAAACCAAUGUCAGAGACCAUUUUAUUGCUGCAGCUACUCAUUUACUUAAUAAAACUAUAAUCGCAUCAAGUGCAACUACAAAACAUUUUAAAUGCUUAAAGCCAGAAGAGCGCAAGGAAGAAAAAAGUAUUCGUAGCAUAAUAAAAGUUGCUCGAUUAUUACCUCUCAAAAUAUCUGAAACAGCAUUAUCUGACGAAUGGUUGCUACUUCAACUUGACUCAAAUUUAAUAACAACAUCAAACAACUCGUCACGUAUUGAUUGUUAUUGGAACAACAUAUUUAACAUAAAAAAUGCUAUUAAUGAAUGUAAAUAUCCUCUUAUAACUAAAGUCGUUAAAGCUGUCCUUUCUCUUUCUCAUGGAAGUGCAUCAGUAGAGCGAGGGUUUUCCAUAUCUGGACAAAUUAUUACUCCUGAUAAAGUCAGAAUGAAAGUCAAAACACUUAACGCUAAACUUAAUAUAAAAAGUGCUCUAAGAGCUUAUGGUGGAAAGGCUGAACUAAUUCCAAUCACUAGAGAACUUUUAACUGAAGCACAUUUUGCAUACAGAAAGUAUAAAAGUAAUUUAGAAGAAGAAAAACGUACGGCAGAAAGAAAAGAAAUUGAAAAAAAAGAUAUAGAAGAAGAAAAGAAAAGAAACCAAUUAUUAAACGAACAACUUGUUAAAUCACAAAAAGAUAUUAAGAUAUUAGAAGAUAAAUACAAAGAAGCCAAGAAAAAUGAAGUUUCUCAGAAGAAUGUGGCUGAAAAAAUGAUUGAAGAAGCUAAUUUAAGAUUAAAGAAUGCUGUAAAGAAAAAAGAGUUCAAUGAAAUACAGAUAGCACAGGCUAUGUUAGAAGGAGCCCAAACUCUUCACAAAGAAUAUAAACUGAAGGAAGAAGCUUCUGCAGUUAUUAAAAAAAAAAUUGAAAAAAGGAAAAACAACCUUAUUUCCUCGUUUAUCGAAAAAAAACAACGCAAAGAUUAA